UUGUUUUGUCAUAUAUAAAUAUGGUGAUUUGAUCAAGUUGAUCACUCAAUUGUUUACUCUCAUUUCAAACUAAAAACAUUGUGAAAAUGUCCAAAUUUACAGUAAAAGAGCUACUUGGACUAAUUAAACUUCUUCGAAUCGACGUAUUCUUUCUUCUUGCCAAUAUUCUUGUUUCAUUACCCAGUAUCGCAUUCAACCAACUUGUCCAAGAUAAAAUAUGUACCAACAAAUUUUCCGUCAAUGAAACCGUGUGUUUAAACUUGGAAAAAUCUGAACCAGGCUAUGAUUUUAUACGAAAUCAAGUUUUAAAAGAAACGACAUCACUGAAACUGUAUUUAAAUAUACUGACAACUUUACCAUCAAUAUUCAUAUCAGUCAUUCUGGGACAUUGGCUGGACACAUAUCCAGGACAUUUACGGUACCUUCUUGCUAGUUCAGUUUUCUCAAUCAUCUGUCAGAAUGUGUUCACCAUCUAUCAAUGUUUUCAUUUUCAAUUGGAUUCCUAUUCACUAAUUUACACAUAUUUGGUUCCCGUUUUGACUGGAAGUGGAACUAUCAUUCAAUUAGGAACCUACACUUAUGCCACCAGAAAAACUCCAGCUAAAUAUAGAGCUCUGAGAUUCACGGUACUCGAGAUAUGUUUAUUUGCAUCUUUGCCCAUAUCAAGCAUUUUUGGAGGCCGUAUACUCGAAUCCAAACCUUGGUUUCCAAAUCAACUCCGUAACUACAUUGGAGUAUAUAUUGUCUCAUCUAUAUGUGGACUCAUUGCGGCAGUUUGGGCUAUUGUAAUGAUAUAUGAUUCUGCUGAAAGUGUUAAUGAAAAUGUGAAAUCAGAUGAACCAGGUUCAGAUGAAGUUAAAAAUGAGAAAAAGAAAUCUUUGGCUCAAGUAGUCUGUGAUCUAAUCAAUCCCAAUAACUAUUUGGAUGCAGCUCGUUGUAUUUUCAAAAGGAAACCCAAUAACGCUCAUUGGUUUCUUUUUUCAUCAAUAAUUGCAGGCUAUGUAUCCAGUAUGGCCUACGUUGGUGAACAAGCGAUUUCAUAUCAAUUCGCCCAAAGAGUCUACCAUUUUAAUGCAGAAAAAAUUGGUUAUUAUGGUUCAUUUCCGAUCUUGUUUCUUGCUAUAGGUGCUCUUUUGGGUCCUCCUUUAUUCAUACAUUGGUUGAAGUUUCAUGAUAGUACAGUCUCUGCAAUUAGUUAUGCUUCAAUGAUGUUUAAUUUUAUGAUCAAAGGAAUCGUCUAUGAUCCAAUCGUUUAUUUCCUCACCAUUAUUGGUAUUUUUGCCGGUGUUUCUCUUGUUCUUGAUCGAGUCAUCCUUUCCCGGAUGAUUGAACCUACUGAAAUUGGUCGAGUUUACGCCGUUACAGGGAUUAUUGGAGGUUUAGUUCCGACUGUAUCUUCAUUGUUUUAUACGAAAAUUUUUCAAGCAACAAUAGAUUCCAAUCCAGGUCUUGUUUACUUGUGUUCAGGGUUGUUAUUCGGUUAUCCUGUGAUUAAUUCCAUUAUACUCUCUAUAGCUAGAAAUAAAUGGGAUCUGGAGUUAAUUAAGAAACGAAAACAAACUCCAACUGAUAAAGAGAUGGAUAAAAGUUAAAAUUUAAACAUGGGAAUCGUCAUUUCAAUAUUCACAAAUAACUCGCCACUUCCAUAUCUCAAGAUUAUAUGCUACAAAAAAAUUAUAACAUUGGAUUGCUAUUGACUUUAGAUUUGAGACUUUAUUUGUAAAAUUAAAUGGUUGCCAAACACAAAA